AUUGAACUACAGUAAAAUUCGGUUCAUCUGUACUGUAGUACAACAAGAAAAUUUAGUUAAGAGCUGCUAAUGUAGACAUGGCAACCCAGCGAUAGCACAACCAAGAGGCCAAAAUUAUCGACAUGUCCAAUAUGAGGCUGCUGCCCUUGUUGGCUUGUCUGCUAUUUCUUCCUGACAUCUCAUGUGAGAAUAAUUCGUUUGUAGCAGUAAUGCUGGGCCUGGAAAGGGACUGUAUCAAUUAUUAUUGCCGCUACACGGGGAACUUGACUGGCCAUUUUUGGCAUCCUUAUAAGUUCUUACCCCCGGCUGUGAAGAUAAAACCGUGCGUCACUCUACAAGUUCAGUAUUGCCAGUUAAAAACUCUUGAUGAAUGUAAUGAAGACCCAGAAUAUUGGAGAUGGAUGUGUAAUAUGUGGUCUGUCUGUCCGAGAGAAGAGUUCUGUCCCAACGGAUAUUACUGUAAUUGCAAGAAAGGUUCUCCAUACACCAUUGUGGUGAAUCCUUUUAUCAAAGACUGGCUACGGAAUUAUUUCUUUCGUUUGGCUUUUUUAGCCGAAGGCUAUUACAAACCGGAUGAAAUAAUUGCGUUAAGCAACGUCUAUGACCUCAAGAGUCGCCCAGCUGACUGGAAUCCUACUUAUUAUGAUAGCCUCGAUCCGAAUAGCCAUUUUUCAUCGAAAAACGGUAACCCUCUCCUACGUGCAGAUUCAAUGUCUGUACACAUGGGAGCUGUAUUUGCCAUUGGUCUAGCUACACGUAUGUUUUAGUCAAGUUCUAAGAAACAAUGAAAGCUGUGGGAAGAAUAGCGCCGCCUGAAUUUAAACUAUAGUUAAUUCUUACUUUAUAUGUUAAUUGUUAUAAUCGCACUUGCGAUGAUUGGCUUCACUUUUAAAAAUAAUUAAACACUUUAUCAACAAUAAAUACAAAAAAAAAUUAUCUAAAAUAAUAAGUUACUAUACUAAAAUUUUCUAACCAUAAAGUACGGUAUUAAAAAAAAAAAAAACCGCUGGCUUUUAUUAUGUUUUAUACUUUGUAAAUAACACAGUUUAUGCUUCAAAUUUUCCGGCUGAUUAUGCCUUUUAUGGUUAUCAAUAAAUUUUUAAAUUAAAAAAAACAUGCAUCAACCGUGGUUUGUUUGAAUCAGUGUGUCUGAUGCAUUAAAUAUUUUUGUUUUGCAUGAGUUUGUUUUUAUAAAAUACUUUAAUUUUAAUAUUUGUGUCG